UUCAAACCCCUACUCCAUCCAUACCACUGAACGGAAGAUAAUCUCCUAUUUUCUUUCUGAAAAAAGCUUCAAGAAAAGAUGAUGAUAACUUUUACUUGCUCUUCUCUCUUUUGUCAGAUUCUUCUUCGCGUUUCCUUGUUUCUCUUCGUGUCUUCUGCCUGUUGCGGGUACACUGAACUCGACAUACUGUUGAAGCUCAAGACCGCCAUGAUCGGACCCAAAGGUUCCGGUCUCGAAGACUGGGUUCCUCCUCUUUCUUCUUCUUCUUCUUUGUCUUCACACUGUUCUUUCUCUGGAGUUUCAUGUGACGAAGAGUCACGAGUCAUUUCUCUCAACGUCACCGAUCUUCCUCUUUUCGGUUACUUGGCACCGGAGAUUGGGCUUCUCAACAGGCUCGUGAACCUCACUAUCUCCUCCGACAAUCUCACCGGAAAGCUUCCUGCAGAGAUAGCCAACCUAACUUCUCUCAGACUGUUCAAUAUCUCCAACAACUUCUUCAGCGGAAGAUUCCCCGGAGAAAUCACGCUCGGAAUGACCGAGCUUGAAGUGCUUGAUAUCUACAAUAAUAACUUCUCUGGUUCAUUGCCUAUGGAGAUUAUUGGGCUUAAGAAUCUCAAGCAUAUUCAUCUCGGCGGUAACUAUCUCACGGGGAAUAUUCCGGAGAAUUACUCUGAAAUUCAGAGCUUGGAGUAUUUGGGCUUGAGUGGGAAUAGCCUCACCGGAAAGUUUCCAGCGAGCUUGUCUCGGUUGAAGAAUCUAAAAGAAAUGUACGUCGGUUACAGUAACAAUUACGACGGCGGAAUCCCGCCGGAGUUAGGGUUCAUUAGCUCGCUCCGACGUCUUGACAUGGGAAGCUGUAAUCUCACCGGCGAGAUUCCCAAGACUCUGGGUCUAUUGAAGAAUUUAGACUCGUUGUUUCUGCAGGUUAAUCGUUUGACUGGCCAAAUACCUUCAGAGCUUUCUGGCUUGGUGAGCCUUAUGUCUCUGGAUCUCUCCAUCAACGAGCUCACAGGAGAGAUACCGGAGAGUUUCUCGGAGUUGAAGAAUCUUACGUUGCUCAAUCUGUUCAAGAAUAAUUUUUACGGAAGAAUUCCGGAGUUCAUCGGCGACCUUCCAGACCUGGAGGCUCUUCAGGUAUGGGAAAACAACUUCACUUUUUAUCUUCCGAAGAAUCUCGGCAGAAACGGAAAGCUUCUUUAUUUGGACGUAACGGGGAACCAUCUGACGGGGCUGAUUCCGCGUGAUUUGUGCAAAGGAGGGAGAUUGAAGACGCUGAUUCUGAUGCAAAAUUCCUUCUUUGGGCCAAUUCCUGAUGAGCUCGGCCAAUGCAAGUCGCUCACCAAAAUCAGAAUCAUGAAGAACUUCUUAAGAGGAACAAUUCCUCCUGGUAUUUUCAACUUGCCCAAGGUAAGCAUCAUUGAACUCAACGAUAAUUAUUUCUCCGGAGAACUUCCCUCCAAAAUUUCUGGAGACUCGCUCGGAAUCCUCGUGCUUUCCAACAAUAGGCUUUCGGGGAAAAUCCCUCCGGCAAUCGGAAACCUCAAGAAUUUGCAGACUCUUUCUCUGGAAAUGAACAUAUUCCACGGUGAAGUUCCCGAGCAAAUUUUCGAAUUGAAAUUGCUAACGAAGAUCAACGUUAGCGCCAAUAACAUCAGCGGCGAAAUUCCGGCUUCGAUUUCUCGCUGUACCUCACUGACCGCCGUAGAUUUCAGCCAGAAUAGCUUAUCCGGCCAACUUCCGAACGGGAUUGCUGAUCUUAGCGACCUCAGCAUUCUGAAUUUUUCCAGAAACCAUCUCACUGGCCAAAUCCCCAACGAAAUUCGCUCCAUGACGAGCUUAACGACUCUCGACCUCUCUUACAACAACUUCAUUGGAAAACUCCCCGUCGGCGGACAGUUCAUGGUGUUCAACGACACGUCGUUUGGAGGAAACCCCAAUCUCUGCCUGCCACGUCACCCCUCAUGCCCAUCCCCAUCAAACGGAGUUUCAUCUUCCGAUCAAAACCACACCAACAAGGGUUUAAGCUCUUCCAAGCUCAGCAUAACCAUAAUUGCCGCGGCCACAAUUCUGCUUCUGAUCCUCCUCACGCUCUGCCGUAUCAGAAAGAAGAAGCUCCAGAAAUCACGGGUGUGGAAGCUCACAGCCUUCCAACGGCUAGAUUUCAGAGCGGAGGACGUGCUCGAGUGCGUGAGGGAAGAAGAGAACGUAAUUGGCAAAGGCGGCGCCGGGAUCGUCUACCGCGGCUCCAUGCCCGACGGCGCCGACGUGGCGAUCAAGAAGCUCUACGGCCGCGGCGGGAACGAUCACGGCUUCUCCGCCGAAAUCCAAACUCUGGGACAAAUCCGGCACCGGAACAUCGUCAGGCUUUUGGGUUACGUGUCGAACAAGGAAACGAACUUCUUGCUGUACGAGUACAUGCCUAAUGGAAGCUUGGGAGAGCUAUUGCACGGCUCGAAAGGAGGGCGUUUGGAGUGGGAGACAAGGUACAAGAUCGCCGUCGAGGCUGCCAAGGGGCUUUGCUAUCUCCACCAUGAUUGUUCGCCGCUGAUUAUACACAGAGACGUCAAGUCGAACAAUAUCUUGCUGGACUCUGAAAUGGAGGCCCAUGUCGCUGACUUUGGGCUCGCCAAGUUUCUUGGCAAUGCUGGAGCCUCCGAGUGUAUGUCCUCCAUUGCAGGCUCCUAUGGCUACAUUGCUCCUGAGUAUGCUUACACGUUGAAGGUGGACGAGAAAAGCGAUGUGUACAGCUUUGGUGUGGUGUUGUUGGAGCUCAUAGCGGGAAGGAGGCCAGUGGGGGAUUUCGGUGAGGGAGUGGACAUCGUGCGGUGGGUGAGGAAGACGACAUCGGAGCUGUCCCAGCCGUCGGAUGCGGCUUCGGUGCUGGCGGUUAUGGACCCUAGGCUUCAUGGAUACCAACUUACAAGUGUCAUUCACCUGUUCAAGAUCGCCAUGAUGUGCGUCCAGGAUGAGAGCUGCGCUAGGCCUACGAUGAGGGAAGUUGUUCACAUGCUCACUAAUCCUCCUCGCUCUGCUCCAACUCAGAGCCGCCUCAACCUCUGAUUAGAUGUUUGUUUUGGUGGGUCUGCAACACUAUAGCAAAAUAUGUUUUGGAGUAAAUAAAUUAACCCAAAACCAAAAUGUAAAAUAAUCUUUGUUGCUGAAAGGUUGUGGAUAUAAACAACAUGGUGCACAACUCGUUUUAGUUCCACGGUCAAGA